AUGUUGACCAUUCUGUCACAUCUCGCCUUGAAGGAGGGGCCUAAAAACUCGAUACGCAACGUCAAAAUCAGCGACGACGGACGACGCGCAGACGACUUACGAAUGAAUGACGACGAAGAUUGUGAGGACGACGACGAAAGGGGAGUGGACGUCGACAACGAAAGAAGAAGAAUGGGAGGAGGAGUGGGAAUGUUUUCUCGCUUGGCAGUAACUAGCCGAGGGUCCGAGUCUCGUUUCGUGCAGGGUUCGGAUCCAAGGAACCGGGGACGGAGGAAACGAUCUUUGCAUAUCUUCAUUACUAUUGCGGGAAUGGCUCCCGUUUGCGAAAGUUCAGAACGCCUCAAAAAAAUCCAAGCCAAGUCGUUCCAAAUCAAACUGAAAAUUCAGAAUGCCGUUUUUCAAUUCGGAAUCGGGAGAGGAGAUGGAGGACACGUUCGGUGGCCAUCUACACCUGAAUGUACUUACGUGCUUUGGUACUUCCUACGCAAGUGA